AGUACUUUUUUUUGUGUUGCCGAAGAGACGCUGAACUGUUUCUGCUUGGAGAUUGGGGAGAAUGCGAGAUGUGCCAGAGGGUAGCAAGAGAAAUGGAGUUCAAUUAAAGUAACGGACGGACUUUGACACAAAAAGAAGGAGUACUUCAGAUUCAAGGAUAACUAACUAAACGCAAGAGACGGAGAGAAAUCACGAUUAGGUCAACAUAUUUUAAUUCAAAGCCAACGCACUUGAAAUGAAGCUAUUGAAACCAAGUUGGGUCAGUCACAAUGGGAAACCAAUAUUUUCUGUUGACAUCCAUCCCGAUGGAACAAAGUUUGCCACGGGUGGCCAGGGCGAGGACUCUGGGAAGGUUGUCAUAUGGAAUAUGGCUCCAGUGCUCCGAGAGGAGGACGAGAAGAACGUGAACAUCCCCAAGAUGCUCUGCCAGAUGGACAAUCACUUAGCCUGUGUGAACUGUGUCCGCUGGUCAAACACCGGGCUUUACCUGGCCUCCGGAGGAGAUGACAAGUUGGUCAUGGUGUGGAAGAGAGCUGCCUUCAUUGGACCGAGUACUGUCUUUGGGUCGAGCAGUAAAUUGGCCAACGUGGAGCAGUGGCGUUGUGUGACCAUACUGAGAAACCACACAGGGGAUGUCAUGGAUGUGGCGUGGUCCCCUCACGACGUGUGGUUAGCCUCCUGCAGUGUGGACAACACCAUUGUGAUCUGGAAUGCUCGCAAAUUCCCAGAGAUAGUGGCGUCGCUGAAGGGACACACAGGCCUGGUGAAGGGGCUGACGUGGGACCCUGUAGGGAAGUACAUCGCCUCCCAGGCUGACGACCACAGCCUGAAGGUGUGGAGGACCAUGGACUGGCAGCAGGAGACCAACAUCACCAAGCCCUUCAACGAGUGUGGGGGGACCACUCACGUGCUGCGCCUCAGCUGGUCUCCUGACGGACAGUACCUGGUGUCAGCCCACGCUAUGAACAACUCAGGACCCACCGCUCAGAUCAUUGAGAGGGACGGCUGGAAGACCAACAUGGACUUUGUGGGCCACCGCAAGGCUGUCACUGUUGUGAAAUUCAACCCCAAAAUCUUCAAAAAGAAACAAAGAAAUGGGAGUUCUCCCAAGCCCAGCUGUCCCUACUGCUGCUGUGCUGUGGGAAGCAAAGACCGCUCCCUCUCCGUUUGGCUGACGUCUCUGAAGCGCCCUCUAGUGGUCAUCCACGACCUGUUCGAUAAAUCCAUCAUGGACAUCUCAUGGACCCUGAAUGGGCUAGGUAUCUUGGUGUGCUCCAUGGACGGUACAGUGGCAUACCUCAACUUCUCUCAGGACGAGCUCGGGGACCCCCUCAACGAGGACGAGAAGAAUGCCAUCCACCAGAACAUCUAUGGUAAGAGCCUGGCCAUCACCACCGAGGCCCAACUCUCCACCACCAUCAUCGAGAACCCGGAGAUGCUCAAGUACCAGCAGGAGAGGCAGCGUGCGGAGCAGGCCAACCACAGGAUGACCCACGAGGCCCAGGCCCACAAACUCACCAGUGUGGUCAACGGAGAGUCCCUGGAGGACAUCCGCAAGAACCUGUUGAAGAAACAGGUUGAGACGAGGACCGCGGACGGCAGGAGGAGGAUUACUCCUCUCUGCAUCGCCCAGCUCGACACAGGGGAUUUCUCCCCAGCCCUCUUCAACAGCGUACCCAUCCUCCCUGGGUCGGCCAGCCAGCUCACCUCCCAGCUUUCCUCAGACUCCAACACGGCCACCUCCAAUUUGGACCCCCUAUCCACCCCACUGGGGAGCAAGGCCCCAGAUGACGCCAAAGACAGUGUUUCCGGUGCCACGGCCCAGGCCUCGUCUCUUAACACCACAGCCAUGAAGUCCAACCUGCUCCUAACCACCUCCACCAAGAUGGAGCCGAUGAAAGCCCUUGACUCCAGGUUCACCGAGAGGUCAAAGGUCAUGCCCGGGGUCACCAUCUCCAUGGCGGGACUCACCCCGCUAGACAGAGUGAAAGACAGCAGCACUUUAAAGGAGAUCAAGGAUGAGACGAGCAGCGACAGCGAGGACAAGAUGGUUGUGGUGAAGUCCCCCUCCUUCACCAAGAGGAAGGCCCUAGACGUGGACGGAGGGGACAACCAGUUGGAGAAGAGGAAGGCCCUAGACGUGGACGGAGGGGACAACCAGUUGGAGAAGAGGAAGGCCCUAGACGUGGACGGAGGGGACAACCAGGUAGAGAAGAGGAAAAAGGGACGGCCCAGGAAAAUGGACGCGAAAAUGAUGAUGCCCGUAUCCCACCAAACCUUCCAGCAGGCUACCCCUUCAUCAGAGAAGGAGCCUUGUUGCGUCGUUGCUAUCCCCGUGGCUGUCCUCAAACUGCCCACUCCCACACCGCAGAAAGCAUUUACUCUUCAGGUCAGUACGGAGCCCCCGGUGUACCUGGAGGUGGAGAACGAUGUCUCUGCGGUGUCCGGAGCCAAACUCAGCCAGCUCCGCUGUUCCAGGGAGGGCAGGGAGUGGGACACGUUGCUGCCCAGCCGAGUCAUCACUGCAGCGGGCAGCAGUGAUGUGGUGGCAGUGGCGUGCGAGGACCGCAUGUUGUCUGUGUUUUCGGCGUGUGGCCGCCGCCUACUACCCGCCAUCCUGCUGCCCGCGCCCAUGUCUGCCCUGCACUGCGCAGGCUUCUACGUCAUGGCCUUGACCGCCUGCGCCACCCUGUCUGUCUGGGAUGUCCAAAAACAGAGUGCCGUGGUGAAGAAUGAAUCUUUGCAGACCAUUUUAUCAGGCACAGAAUGCACUGUGUCCCAGUCUUUACUGACACAGCAGGGGGUCCCAGUCAUUGGUCUCUCCAAUGGGAAGUCUUACUGCUUCAACUCCUCCCUGGAGACAUGGAACCUAAUAGCAGAUAAACAGGACUCCCUGGUGCAGUGUGCCGACUUCAAGAACUGCAUCUCCUCCCAGGAUGCACCUGUGUCACAGGGACCCCUGGCUCUCACACAGGGACACAACCUCAAUGCGGGUCGCCUGGCCUCCAGACUGUCGUCCACCCCCCACCACCUGCAGCAUGGCAUGACCCUGGUUUUCCUGGAGAACCAGCUGGCCUCCGCCCUCACCCUGCGCUCCAGCACAGAGUACCACUACUGGCUGCUCAUCUAUGCACGCUUCCUGGUCACUGAGGGCUCUGAUUAUCGGCUACGUGAGCUCUGUAAAGACUUACUGGGACCAGUGCACAAGUCUGCCGGCAGUGCCUGGGAGCCAACAACCCUGGGCCUGCGGAAGAGGGACCUCUUGAGAGAGCUGCUGCCUGUCAUAGGACAGAACUUGCGUUUCCAGAGGCUCUUCACAGAGUACCAGGACCAGCUGGAGCUGCUCGGCAACAAAUAGCACUUCUCAAGUAACUCACUUACUAACCCCACUAUCCUAUCCAGCCCAGCUCCACCCUGGCUGCUGACCGACAAUUCUCUCCUCCAGAUCUGGCUCUAUCCAGGCCUCGCUCCGCUCUGCUCCGUCUAACCAAGCCUGAAGGAAGCUCUCUGUCCCUGGGUGGAGAACCACUGGCACCCGGGUUGCAGAAUGCUGAAAACAGCACUGAAUAAUGACUGAUUAUGCAUUGUCACCAAGUAUCCAUUAAUAAUUGAUUGAUUUAAUUAUGUUGAUAACGACAAUGAUAAUUAUGUUGUAACUGUUUUCGACGAAUGAAAUCCGAGUCCUGCUAGAACUGUCAGGAGGAUUCUCUUUCCGGGAAGAUGGAGAAAAACGUAUACCUGGUUUUGGAUGGGUCACUAGAAGCACAACAGUCCCGUCCCCCUUAACCUCCACCGACUCCCUCACCGGACCCCUGCUAUGUGUGGCUGCUGCCCACCAAGCCUGGCUAUGGGUCGUACCUGUCCUCUCCUGCCCUGGGGUGCAACUAUACAGGGUCAUUUGGGGUCACAUGCUUAAGGGUCAAUGUAAUGAAAAAAGAAUAGCUACAGUAGGAUAGAGGAACUGUGUUCUACCAUGAAUCACCCUCUUCUGAGCUUAACCCCUCUCCUAUCUUUACAGAAUGUGUACAGACUCUUUUCUGUUAGUCAUUUUUAAAUGUUUGUACAAGGCAACUUCUUUUCCAUUUUCUAAAAAAAAGAAGAAAAUAAAUGAGAGAGAAAUAAUACAAACAGGCAACACUUGUGUUUUGAAAUUAAAUAAAACAAUCAACCAAUGCUG